AUGCACACAAGUACGGAAAGUAAAGUUAAUAAUCAAACGAUUCUCCAAGAACAUAUCGAUGAAAAUUAUGAACCAACUCCUGAAGAAAUUCGUGAAUAUGCUAUUUACAUUGGAAUCGACCCCGAUAAAGAGCCUCAUUUACUUUGGUUGGCAAAAGAAGGAAUUUUGAAACCAUUACCGCCAGGUUGGAAACCUUGUCAAGAAGAACACGGAGAAUUAUACUACUUCAAUUUUGACACGGGCACAUCAUCAUGGGAUCAUCCAUGUGAUGAAAUUUACAAAGCACGUGUGAUCGAAGAAAGAAAUAAUCUAACAUCCAAUUUACAAGGAACCAAUCUACGCGGUAAGAUUUUUCAAUUGGAAAGAUUGCCUUCCGAGAAUGAAUAUGUUGAAGGUAUAUUGACCCAGACUGGGAGAAGUACAUCAACGGUAACGGAUUAUCUAAUUGGUGGAAAAGUUGCGGCUACUCUGGGUGAUACAGCUGUAGUAUCGAGAAAUGUUGUUCAAACGAAUAAACCUGAUGCAGCGUAUGAAUAUAGUGACAAUGAAAUUGAAGAAGAACUAAUGAACAGUGUCGACGAUGAUGAGGAACAAAGCAGUGAUGAUUUUCGAGGAAAAGUGGAUUUUGGUAUCGAUCCGUCGCUUUCCGCACGCAUUGAAGAUGAUGAAAAGAAGACACUUGCAAGAUCGGCACUUACUCAAUCUCGUUCGAUCAACUCUCUCGAAAACACUAAUCGAAGAUCAAGUGUUCAAGAAAGUCUAGACCAUGAUGAUUUAGAAAAUAACGAAACUAAACGGAAGAGACUUGCAGACGCUGCUGAAAGACGUUCGUCUCAUGUGUACACAGCUAAAUCAGAAGUUCAUGACGAUAAUUUUAUAACUCCACGUGAAGAUCCGGAUGUGACGAAAUUUCGAUUACGAAUUGAACAAUCUACCAAUGACGAGAAGCUGCAAAUCUUAGAAGAACAUCGAGCACAGAUCGAAAAAAUAAAAGCUGAACAACGGCAAGAAAAAGAUAAAGAAGAAAGGGCAUUGCGUGAUAAAAUGAAAACAGAUCUUGCUUCAAUCGAAAGUGAAGUACGUGAAACAGUAGCUCGUGAGAGAAAAUUGUUAGAAAGUCGUAAACAAGAUGAAAUCAAUCAUAUCAAAGAAGCAAUCGAAAAGGAAAAGGAAGAUUUGAAGAAAAAACUACGCACAAGUAUGCAGAUAGAUUUGGAUGUGUACAAAGGAUCACUUGAACAACAAAGUAAUACGAAUGCUCAAAUUCGAUCGUUAAAUGAUAAACUUGCGCAGGAAAAACGUGAUUUCGAAGAGAAAAUCCGUCAGCUAGAAACUCGGCAUAAGACGGAAACAGAUGAUCUAACACGACGUCUCGAACAAGCGAAAUCAGAUAAAGAAAAAUUAGAAAAGCAUAUCAGAGAGAAGGAUAAUCUCAAUCUGACAAUGCAACGAACAAUCGAUCAAUUAAGUGCUGAUAAAGGAUCCCUCGAACGUAAAUUACAAGAUGCGGAAUUCCAACUAAAAGCGAUUGACAACAGCCAUCAUAAAACUCAAUCAUCUAAUAAUCGUAAAUCGUUACGAACUGUUAGUGAUAACGAAACUGACGACGAUGAUGACGAUAACCAUCGUGAUAGUGAAAAGUCGAAAUCGAACAAAAUCUCCACGAGACAUCACAAUGGCUUUCAUCACGAUGAAGAUGAUAUUGAUCGACUAAGUGAUACUGAUAGUGAUGUUAUGGAAAUGGAACAAACUUUAAAACAAUUACGACUAACUCAACUUGAAUACAUGUCCCUACUUCCGAUAGCAAAUCUCGAUGAAACUAAACAACGUUCGUCGGUGAAACCGAGCCCAGCUGCAACAGUUGACUUCAGUAAACUGUCGGUUGCAGAUGUCGGUCCCGUUAUACGAAAUAUUCGAACGAUUCAGCGAAAUACUCCAAGAUUAUACGAUUCGGUCGAAACAACAUCGAAUCACCUAUUAACUGAUUCAGGUCGAUGGUCAAAUAGUUUAGUAUCAACACUGGGUAAUAAUGUCAAUUCGUUAUCGAUGUAUCCAACGUUAAGCCCAUAUCAAUCAAGUUUAACGAAAACUAAUCAUUGGACUUCGCAACCAAAUCUCGUGACAAGAGAAGCCGUUUUGAAAGCAGCGCGUCGUGUGUUUGCACCUGCUGUUAUUGAUCAAUUAACAACCAAUACAAGAUCAGCCACCCAUUGA